CGUUAUUACUGUUCUUGAACCAACCAGCACUUUCAUUCUUCAUGCACCCAUAAAUGGCCUUACUUCAUACACCACUACCACCACGAAAUACUCAAUUUUAGAGUAUCUGAAUCCUUCAUAAAUACAUCCUCCUGAAGUCUGGGAUGGACACAGCUUCUAACCCUGUGCAAAAGCCAGACUGUUGCAAAAGCUCCGUUUGCAGCAGUCCUUUCUUUGCGGCAGCGCUUUCCCAUCGUGGCAAGUGUUUGUGCAGCACAGCCGCGCAGCAUGCUAGAUCCUGAGGGCACUGUGGAGCACAAGCCUUCCUCUUCUGUCCCUAAAGUUUUCCUCAUCCCUCUAGCCAUGCUCCUUACAAUUGCAGCACUCCUGCUCUUAGCAUUUUCCGCUACGCAGCAGAAAGAGCCUGAUUUUUACACUUUCAAAGUUGUAAACAUCAGAGGCAAACUAGUCUCUCUGGAGAAAUACAGGGGCUCGGUGUCGCUAGUUGUCAACGUUGCAAGUGAGUGUGGAUAUACAGAUAGCCACUACAAGGCCUUACAACAGUUACAGAGAGACCUCGGCCCAUACCAUUUCAAUGUGCUGGCAUUCCCAUGCAAUCAGUUUGGGCAGCAAGAACCAGACACUAACAAAGAAAUUGAGAGUUUUGCGCGAAAGACUUAUGGUGCCUCCUUUCCUAUGUUCAGCAAAAUUGCAGUCAGCGGAGCCGGUGCAAUUCCCGCCUUCAAGUACUUAAUUGAUUCUACAGGAGAAGAACCAACCUGGAACUUCUGGAAAUACCUGGUGGAUCCCAAUGGGAAAGUAGUAAAGGCCUGGGACUCUACUGUCUCUGUUGAAGAAAUAAGACCUUAUGUUACAGAACUUGUAAGGAAAAUCAUCCUGAAGAAGAAAGAUGAAUUAUGACUUUCAAAAAUCCCAACAAGCCACUUACAUCUUUGUUGAGAAUUAGAGCUGGAGUUUGUCUUUACACAUUCCAAGAGAGAGUAUAUGGGUAAAGAGAAAUCAUGACCAGUGGAAUUUAUAUUCAUCAUCCUAAGAAUGUAGAAAACAGCAAGUUAUCAUGGUCAAAAUAAUUUAAUUUUUUUCUCCAACUGAAUUCAAUUUGACCUUUCUGGGAAAGAACUCAUCAGCAAUUUUUUCUUUCCCAAUUCAAGUUACUAGUUGUUGGUGACACUAUAGGAAGUCAGGUCAUGUAUCUGUAGGAAGAAGGCUCAGAAUAACAAGAAUUUCCUGAUUGAGAUCUCACUGACAUCUGCAAUUCUGUUGGCAUAUUUUGAUUGUGAACUGAAUGAACAAAUAAAAAGAGCAUGACUGAAUUAAGGCAUGUGCUAGGAAGAGGGCCAAAACAGAUACCUUCAAAUCAGGCAGACUUACAUAGAGAUAUGUCUUUCUAGUUACCAAGGCUAAAUAUAUUUAAUUUCAUCUGCCUAGAAAGUCAGCUAAGAAGGGCAUGGGGAAAAGACAUCUAUAAAACUUAAAUGAAAGAAAUGGGAAGACAAAGUCUCUGUAAAAAUUCUCCAAAAGCUAUGAGAAGAUUUUCUGCAUUUUUUCACCCAUCAAAAUUAUCAGAUGAUAUUUAAAUAGCCAUUUAAACAUCUGUAGAACCAGAGUCUAUACAAAAUGGCUAUUUCUUUCUCUAUUAGCAUUUUCCCUUAGAAGAAUUACUCUCGCCUCAUAUAGUUCACGUUAAAUUCAUUUCUCAAUUUAUAACACCAUCCGAUUUUGCUGCAUGUACAGACAAACAUUAGAGAAUCAACAUUUUUCCAUGAAAAUAAUUUUUCAAAUGUUUAAUUGUUGCAUAAUGUUACAUUGUUUAAUACCACAUUAAUGUUACAAAUGUUUAAUGGCACCUUUUUCAAAUGUAGCACUCGGGCAUCUGCUCAGACUUCAGACUGCAGAACUUCUUAGCUCAUACUAAAAUAGUAGCACUAACAAUUACAGCCUUAUUGUUCUUUGACAGAAACCCUUUGAAAAUCUUGUCAGCAAGCACUCUUUAUCUCAACAAAACCACAAUGUACAGGUCCCCUGCUCUUAACCCUGGAAUGCUUCAAGAAGAAUCAAGUCUUGUGCAAUUGCAGUAUUAUUGAUGAGUGAAAGCUGGUUUUUUUGCUUUGUAAUGCUUUUUAAGUAGAACAAACAGUAUUUGUCCAUAUAGUUGUCAGUACCCAAGUGUACAAAUAAGCCUUAAUUGACCUGACCACGGUAAGAAUUUUUUCCAACUCAGCACUGCCAUUAUAGCUCUUCAGUAUCCAAACAGGGUCUAGUUGAAAUCAAAGGCAAUUAUAAUGGCAUGUACUGGCUUGCAGAAUAAGAGGGGAAAGAAGAGUACUGAAAAACUAUCAGAAAUAGAAGGAUUGAUCCUAGAGUACAUUAUAGUUCCCAUGCUGUAACAGCUGCUGUCUCCUGAGGUCUCGAACUCAUUCUAUGGAGUGGUCUAAGUAAAUAAGAGGUUUUUUAGUUUUUAGUUAAAAAAAGAAGGGGGAGGGAAAGAGAGAAUAAAAGGAAGAAGUAACAGAAGUACAAGAGCAAAAAGAGAGCUCAAGUAUGAAGGCAGAAAUGAGAAGAAAUGAAAAGACAGUUUGCAGCCAGAGAAUCUUUGGGACAAACAGGGCAUGGAAAUGUUCAGAUCAUAUUGAUACUAAUGAGUAUGUUCCAAGCUAUAUCAGCUACUCCUCACUUGCAGAGUAACUUAAGAGUGCAGGAAAUUGAUGCUCAUGGCAAUUGAUGCUCAUUCUCACCUCUGAUGGUGAGAAAAGUGAACUCUGUACAGUCCAUUCAGUCAGUCUAUUCUUAUAUGAAUCACUCUAAGACAAUGGUUACUAAGGAUAUCACAAAGAAAGGAAAAUCAGGCCCAACCGAGAGUGUGCUGAGACAGAGAAUCCAACUACUAGAAAAGGAGGUCUUUUAUUACUCUAUAGAUUGUUUCUCUUUUCUCUGUCUGUUGAUUCUAAUGCAAUGCCCCAGCAUGCUGUCAGCAAGUGCUGAAGGGCUUAAAAUUUUCUCCUUAGAAAGUAUGUUUUUAUUUUAUAACUGAAGCCUGGCUGAGCCCAGACCAUGCUUGGAAAGACAUUUUAAGCCCUCUCUAUUUCAAUUUUGGGUGUCCAACUUCAAAUAGAUCUCUGGAUUUACAUAGAUAUGAUCUUGCAUUCUCUAUUAGACAAAUUCUAGAAGGCUAAAGAGAUAUAAUGGCAAUGAUCAGUUGGAAAGGGUUAUACUAUACAGACAAAUAUUGUUUGUGCUGCUUUUAAAGGCAUUACAAAGCACAAAAAAGCUUUCACUCGUCAAUAAUACUGCAAUUGGACAAGACUAGAUUCUUCUUAAAGCAUCCUGGGGUUAAGAGCA